GUUGGCCAUUUUUCAAUAGGCAGAAUGUUCCAGAAAGUGUGAAUUAAGUAUGUUGACCAUUAAGUGAGAAUUGAAUCAAAUUUCUUCCCCAUUCCCAGUAACAGUAUUGUUUAAAUCAAUCAAGAAGUGAUGAUGAUGAUGAUGAUGAUGAUUUGCAGGAUUCACACACCCAGGAGAAAUAUUCAGAAGGAUUCAAGAAGUAGUGUUAUGUUUACUGGUUAACAGAGAGACUUCAAACCACGAUGAGGUCAACUGUGUCUUGAUCCUCAGUGCAUUUGUUCUUCUUAAUCCCUACCCUCCAUCUCAGUGAUCCACACAUUGUCUGCCUGUUCAAUCCAGCUGCAUGUGAUCAGUACUAACCUUUUACCAGCAGCUGGCUAGGCUGGGUAUAAAGAGCCCAAGGGGAAAUGUUCAGCUCUACAGGAAACCAAAUUCACCGCUCGGACAGCCCCCUGGGUGAUUUGGAGGCAUUUCUGAGUAGUGCUGGCUGAACAGAUCGCGUUCGUCGGAAAUCAGCAGCAACAAUGAUCUCCCUGAGAGGAAACGAAGCACUAUUGCUGCUCCUGUUGGCCUCCUGCCUGAUCGUAAGCCGUGUCUCCUCACAGAAUCCUCGGCACGAGAAGUUCCUGAGGCAGCACAGCGACUUCCCCCGGACCAAUGUGCCCGGGCAGGAUUACUGCGGGGCCAUGAUGCUGCGCCGGGGGAUGACGAGGCCUUGCAAAGAUACCAACAGCUUUGUCCAUGCGCCCAGGAGCAACAUAAAGGACAUCUGCAGCAGAGGCGGAACCCAUUACCGCCGGGCCCUGAGGCUCAGCAGGGCACAGUUAUCCGUCACCACCUGCAAGCUGCAGGGAACUUCGCGGGGCCAGUGCCGCUACUGGGCCCACACGGGACAAAGGCAUAUUCUCAUAGGUUGCGAUGCAUCAGGAUGGCCUGUCCAUUUUGAAGAAAGCAAUUUUAUGUAGGGCAGGCUUGCUUUUCCCACUUGCAGCGAGAGCACUAAACAGCUGUAAAAAUCUUUGAAAGCAGGCGUUCCACGGAGCUCACUCACAACAGAAUUGUCACUUGAAUCUCACUUGCCCAAAGUUCUCAGUUAAUGUAUGUAUAGUGUAGUAAGAAUUCGCCUAUUAUUUCUUGGAAAAUAAUUGUGUACAGCUGGAAACGUUGGCAGCGUUAAGAUGAAUUUAACAGUGUAAAUAAGUUUUGAUGGAUGCAGUGCUUUUUUCUGGGGUACGCAUAUCCCUAAACAUUUUUUGAAUCUAAGUUUGGCCUCAUUGAGGGGCAGUAUUUCAAUAUGAAUAGGAAAAUGAAAGUACCCCUAAACAUUUUUUUUUAGAAAAAAAGCACCGGAUGGAUGUAAUAAUGGAAUGCUGAAUGGUUUAGUUUUUUUGUAAAAUAUGCAGGGAUUUAUGAUAUGUAAAAUGAACCAUAGAAAGAGAAGAAGGGAAGUCAUUGAUAUUUUAAGGAUGUAAAAAUGAGUAUAUUCAACUGU